AUGGUCCCACUACUGGAGAAGAAGAGGAAUCUUUUAGAGGAUCUAGAAGUCAUUGAAGAUGCAAUUGCGAAGAGGUUCCAACGUAAUCCUGAACUUUAUUACGAUAACAUUACGAAGCUUUCAAUUCUGACUAAUUUAUCCAUUGAUACCCCAGCCGAAUCAAACAAAUCAAAUAAUAAAAUUUAUAAGAGGAAGAAACUGAAAAGGAGCAGGAAACAAUUUGUCUUGCAACAACAAGAAAUUAAUAUCUUCUUGAAAGAUUUCGAAGAGAGAAGGAGAGUGCUUUUGGAUCUUGGGAAAGAGACAGUUAAAGAUGACAACAUAACCUUGGAGACCUUCAAGACCAUGAUCCAAGAUAUAAAUGCUAAGAAAUCCAGUUCUGAAGUACUACCCAUUAACCAAAAAAUAACAAGAUAUGCGAUGUUUUCAGCUUCUAUAUCUGAGUCAAAGCCUAACAAUAUAUUAUCUCAACGAUGCGCAGGUUUGGAUAUUAACAAGUACUUUUCAAGAGAAGAACAAUAUGGGCAAUAUAUGGACUUUGAGAAUUUUUAUCUUGAAUGGUUGAAUGUUGUGAAAACAGGUGAUGUAACUUUGCUUCAAUUUUUAAAUUUACUACGAGUGUUUAUGGAUGAAGAGAAAUAUUUAACGCACCCACCGAUGGAUAGGAAAAAUAAUCGGUAUAUGAAAUUUCUAGAGAGUUUAUGCUCCUAUGUCGAGAGUUUCUUCUUUAGAAAAUACGCGUUAAUUAACAAAUCGGCCAUCACAAGCCAAAUAGAAUCCCAGUUUACUGAAUAUAUUAAGGAACCAACUGAACAUUCUGUUAAGGGUCAAUACUGUAAAGCAUGUGCGAAGUGGUUCAAGACUGAAUCUGUCUUUGUUAAUCAUAUACCUGGGAAGAACCAUAUUAAAAAUGAAAAACAAAGGAAAAAUGCUCUUUUAUCUGAAUAUAAGUUACACAGGUUUUUUUUCUUAUUACAGGAAGAAUUUAAAGAAACUUAUGAAUUUAUAGAGAUGAAAAUGGCUCUAACUGCUGAUGAAAGAAUGGAGGAAAUGAAAAGACUGACGGAGAAUUACGAAAAACCAGCAUAUAGUUCUGACGAAAAGGAAGGCGAUGAAAACAAUGCAGAUUUAGAGCAUGAUGAACAACGAUCUGGGAAGGGGCAAGGCCUGUUAGAAGGUUCGUUUGAUAUGCCAUUGGGGCCAGAUGGUCUACCGAUGCCAUUUUGGCUUUACAAGUUACAGGGUCUUGACGUUGAGUACCCCUGUGAGAUUUGUAGUAAUCAAAUCUUCAAAGGCCGCCGAGCAUUCGAAAAACAUUUUACAGCACCAACCCAUCAAUACCAUCUACGUUGUCUAGGAAUCGAGCCCUCUUCUAUGUUUAAAGGGAUUACUAAAAUCAAAGAAGCACAAAAAUUGUGGGUUGAUAUCAAUUCUCAAAAAAAUUCAUCGAAGCCUAUGGUGAGCAGUAUAGAACUCCAAGUAGAAGUAGAAGAUUCUGUUGGUAAUGUAAUGUCUAAGAAGUUGUAUGAUGAAUUGAAAAAGCAAGGGCUCCAUUGA